AUAUAUGUGGAAGCACAACAUAUGCUCUGCAAAAUGGCUUCCAGCAGUCUGGUUUCCCCAGUAGUUGUUGCCUCUUAUCUGCUUUUGUUCAUAUUCUCAUCAUUCCCCCAAGCUUCUUCUCUUUUAAAUGAAGAUGAUCUUGAAGUUUCGAAUCUUGUAAGCCCUCGAAAGGUUGAUGUCUCAGUUUACUAUGAUAGUCUAUGUCCACAUUGUGCAAAAUUCAUUGUCCAGAAGCUCGAGAGUGUGUUUGAGAAUGAUCUCAUCUCCAUCAUCAACCUCAGGCUGGUCCCUUGGGGAAAUGCUUACAUCAACAAUUCCGAAGACACCAUUGUUUGUCAGCAUGGCCCAGAUGAAUGCCUGCUAAAUACUAUUGAAGCCUGUGCUAUUGAUCAGUGGCCUGAUGUGAACACGCACUUUGGCCUUAUUUACUGCAUUGAGUUUUUAGCAGCAGAGGGAAAGCAUAAGGAGUGGGAAACUUGUUUCAAGUCCUUGGAUUUGCCUAGAAAGAAAACCUUAGACUGCUAUACAAAUGGAAAGGGAAUAAAGAUUGAAUUAGGUUAUGGCAAUGAAACUGCUCGUCUUAAUCCACCUCUUACAUUUGUACCAUGGGUGGUAGUGAAUAAUCAACCAGUCAGAGAUGACUAUGAAAAUUUUGCAUCUUACAUCUGUAAAGUAUAUAAAGGAAGUCCUGUCCCCAGAGCUUGCAAGUCACCUCCACGUAAGAUCAACUCAUCUAGGAAUUCAAAUAUGAUUCUUCCAGUUUGCUAUGCUACUGAAACUCAAACCUUGGCGUCUUCAAUACCAGCAAAAGACAUGCUGACUUGAUGUAUUUCCAGAAUGAUUUGCAAAUGAAGGCGGAGAUGCUUAAGGCAUGAGUUUUAUAAUAAUGGUGACAAUAACCUGCAUAUCAAUUGUCUUUAGGGAGCUUUUCUGUUUCUUGGACAUGCCAGCAAGAGGAGGAUGCCUGUCUGCGACUGAUUGUGAUGGCUAGUGACCCAAAAAGGAUAUAAAAGUGUUGUUAGUAAAGAAUUAUUCUAUCAAUCAUACUCAGUCCUUUUCAACAUUUUAAUUUAGAGUUUCGAAUGAGUAUGGUGUUUUGCGGUCAUGUUUUGCAGUCUGGACUGCAAAACACCAAAAAUUGGAUGGCGGAUCCUCAACCAAUAUCAA